AUGAACAUGCAGUGUGAAGUUCGACCUCGUUACAACAAAUUUGAGCAUGAAGCUGAUCCGUUUGUUCCUUUGAAUCGGCCUAGUCCAGUCCUCCAGAAGGUACAGGAACGCUGGGGAAACGGAAAGUCGUCGAGUCCAGACGACUUGAAGAAUACAGUUUUGGAUGAAUCCCAGCAUGGUCGAAACAGAGGGAAGGGAGGCAAAACGGAAAUGGGAGUAAACGAAAAAAAGUUUAGAACAAGUUGUAAGCCUCGAGCGCCUCAAAAAUGGGACUUUGGAAAGCGGAGGACAUUCGCUCUCCCCCAAAUCAAUCGAAAGAACAACGAUGCCGCCACUCAAAUCCAGAGGAUUUCUCGCGGAGGCUGGCAGCGUAUUCAAUACAAAGUCUUACUUCUACAGCAUCGUCUUAAUACACGGACGUCGCGGACAGAAGCAUCUAUGCACCGCGUGAGAGAAAAGACUGAGAAGCGCAAGCUAGCCUUGCGACAAAAGCUUGAAGCACAGGCACAAAGAGAGCUUGAGAAAGUGACCACCGAAGAGGCUACAGCUCAAGAAGGACAGCAGAUUAUCCACUAUUUGCGAAAGGAGAACAAGAAGCUACGUAGCAAGAACCAAAAAAUAUUCGCAGCAAGUCAUGCUCUCAAAAACAACAAUGACCGUUUGGAAAACGCAAACCAAACCACAGCAAGGGGAUUUGGAACCUUGAACGACCACGCUAAACAGAUUAAAGAAACUCACGAUAAGCUCAACAAUGUCGUGCCGAAAUACAAGGAAAGUGUUGACAAACUGAGGGAAGCUGUGGAAGAGCGCCGGCAAUAUUGCUUAAGUGAGCACACAAUAAAGCUCCUUUACAUCAAGCUCAUCGGCCGGGUUGUUGAGAUAGUCGAAGACUCUUGCAAAGAUGCGAAGCUUGUUGACGAAAUUGUUGGGUACUGCCUGGAAAUGGAAGGGGAGGAAAACCGUCUCGAACUUCCGAAACCCUUGGCGGAAGUCUCGAAAGAAAAAGACGACGGAAGUGUUGCGUCGUCAGAGAGUGACAAUUACGACGAGUAUACUGUUGCCACCAUGGACUAG